CAUAGUCACUCUUCUUUAGUACUUAUUUUUGUGAGGGAAACCAAACAAGUAUUAGGUUUCUAACAUGACUGUGUCGAGCGCCACCAUUCCUUCAGCCACCAAGGCUCGGAUUCUGGUCAUCGGAGCGACCGGCUUUAUGGGUCAAUUUGUGACAAAGGCGAGUCUUGCCUUCGGACAUCCCACUUGUUUGCUGGUUCGGCCUUCCCAUACAAUGCACUCCAAGGCUGCCCUUCUCAAAUCCUUUCAGGAUAAAGGUGCCACACUCAUUCAUGGGGUAAUAAAUGAUAAGGAUCAAAUGGAGAGAAUUUUGAAAGACAAUGAGAUAGAGAUUGUCAUUUCUCUUGUUGGAGGGGGCAAUGUUCUGGACCAGAUUACUUUAAUAGAUGCCAUGAAAUCUGUGAAGACUAUCAAGAGGUUUUUGCCAUCAGAGUUUGGGCAUGACGUGGACAGGGCAGAGCCUGUGGAGCCAGGGCUAACAAUGUACAAAGAGAAGCGCGUAGUUAGACGCAUGGUUGAAGAGAGUGGGAUCCCCUUCACCAACAUCUGUUGCAAUUCCAUUGCUUCUUGGCCUUACUAUGACAAUUGUCAUCCUUCUAAGCUCCCUCCUCCCACGGACCAAUUUCAAAUUUAUGGUGAUGGCAACAUUAAAGUUUCAUGUGCAGCUUACUUUGUUGAUGGAAAUGAUAUUGGAAGGUUGACAAUGAAAGCAGUUGAUGAUGUUAGAACACUGAACAAAAACGUUCAUUUUAGACCCUCAAUGAAUUGUUACAGCGUCAACGAGCUUGCUUCUUUAUGGGAAAAGAAAAUUGGUCGAACAAUUCCCAGAGUCACCAUCUCAGAAGAUGAUCUUCUUGCUGCAGCUGCAGCGAACUUGAUACCUGAAAGCAUUGUAGCCUCAUUCACGCAUGACAUUUUCAUCAAGGGUUGCCAAGUUAACUUCAGCACAGAUGGCUCAAAUGAUGUUGAAAUUGGAACACUGUACCCUGAUGAAAAGUUCCGAUGCUUGGAGGAUUGCUUUGAGGAUUUUGUUCCCAUGAUCCGUGACAAGAUUCUUGGAGGCCCAAAUGAUGAACUUGCCAAAACCAAUAAUAAGUCAUUGCUAGAAGCUGUGCCAAUCACAGCUAUGGGCUGAAAAUGACAAAUCUAAAUAAACAUGUGACCUGAGAAUCCAUAUGUAUUAAUUCACCAUAAAUUUGGUGGUGGAGGCAGAGAGAAUUAUUGGUCUAAUUUAUAUAAUAAUUUAUGGAGUAAAAUAGACCUUAUUUUCGUAUGUACUGAUUUAUUAUUGCUAGGUCAAGAAUAUACGUACUACUCCUUCAAUAUAUAUGUUUCAGCCUAGCAAUUACGCAGUGUUUUCCGGAGCAGAAUUAAAAAAUAAUGCUUCAAGAGAGAUGUAAUAAAGUUUAAUACUACUCCUGGUGGUACUCUUGAUGUA